AUGCGGCUCACAUGCAUCCUCGCAGUGUUAAUCGCGGUCACUUUUCAUGCCACUGCCAAUGCACUUCCUGCAGAUGCGGGUAAAGUCAUUCAUGAAAACGGUGCUGACACUCGUAUUCCGACCCACGUGCAUGACCAGCGCUUACUGCGUCGUGUCAGAAAUGACGAAGGUGAGCUCACGGAAGAAAGAACCGGAGGCUUACUGGAUAAGAUAAAGUCUGUGGUGAAGAAAAUCACACCCGAAAAGGCCGUGACAAAGUUUAAGGAGAAGGACAUUACGAAUCCCGAAUGGUUGAAGAUCAUAAAACACAAGGUUCGUGAAGCAAAGGGACAGGGGUACAAAUAG